CACGUGGUCACCCGCAAGUAUGGCGGCGCCUGAGGAUUAGGAGGAGUCGGUCGCUCGCCGUUCUCCUGGUGUCUCCGCCGCCGCCGACGGCCAGCAAAACAUGCGCGAGGACAGCAAAACCAAAAACAUGUUCUUGACUCGCGCUCUGGAGAAAAUCCUAGCUGACAAGGAUGUGAGGAAAACCCAGCACUCCCAGCUCCGCAAAGCCUGUGAGGUGGCUCUGGAGGAAAUAAAAAUUGAGAUAGAAAAACAAAGAGCUGGAGAUAAAAAUGUUUCUACAACACCCAAAGCAAACUUCAUUGAGGCUGAUAAAUACUUUCUUCCAUUUGAGCUGGCUUGUCAAUCAAAAUCCCCUCGAAUCGUUAGCACGUCUUUGGAUUGCCUGCAGAAGCUAUUAGCUUAUGGACAUAUCACUGGUAAUGCCCCUGACAGCUCAACUGGAAAGAGGCUAAUUGAUAGGAUCAUUGAAACAAUUUGUGGAUGUUUUCAAGGAACUCAAACAGAUGAAGGCGUGCAACUUCAGAUAAUUAAGGCACUGCUCACUGCUGUGACUUCAUCUCACAUUGAAAUCCAUGAAGGAACAAUCUUGCAGACGGUCCGGACAUGCUACAAUAUUUACCUUGCUAGUAAAAAUCUGAUCAAUCAAACUACGGCAAAAGCUACUCUUACACAAAUGCUCAAUGUCAUAUUUACAAAGAUGGAAAACCAAGUGGUGCAAGAGGCUAAAGACCUCGAGAAAAGCAGGCAACAUAAUCUUCAUCAAUCAUCUGGACCGCACAGUUUGGUUGGAUCUCCACAACUUGAUCAGAUAGAAGAAUGUUCCAGCAAAAUGAUUGCUGCUGAGAGUGAAGCAGACCAAAUAAAUACGAUGCAAGAGGAAACACAGAUUGAUUGUGUAAAAAUAGAAAAUGGAACAAUGGCAGUCCACACAGAAGAUGACGAUAUGGAGUCUGAUCAUUUUUUGGAUACUGCAGGCAAUUUUGAUGAAAGUCAUGAAGAAAAUGUGAACGUGGAAGAGAUCGUGGGACAAAUAUUGGAGGAAUUGGUGGCCGUAGUGACGAGAGAGGCAGAAUUAAAAAAUGAUGAAAAUGGAACUCCAGAGACAUCUUCACAAAACCAAGUUGCUGCUGAAAGUAGUGAAAACCUGAAAACUAAUGGCAUCCCUGAAGAAUCACUUCAAGUACAUGAUAGCAGUUCAAUAACUGAUAGAAAAUGUGUACCAGAUUGUGAUGUCCAGGAAACUGAAGCUUUAGUACCGCCACCUGUCAAUGCUAAAUUCUCCCACAUUUUGCAGAAAGAUGCAUUUUUGGUUUUCAGAUCACUUUGUAAGCUUUCUAUGAAGCCAUUAAGUGAUGGACCUCCUGAUCCAAAGUCUCAUGAGCUGCGGUCAAAAAUAAUUUCACUGCAGCUUCUUUUGUCAGUCCUUCAAAAUGCUGGCCCGGUCUUCAAAACAAAUGACAUGUUCAUCACUGCAAUUAAGCAGUACCUUUGUGUGGCCUUGUCCAAAAAUGGAGUCUCUGGUGUGCCAGAUGUCUUUGAACUCUCACUUGCUAUUUUCCUCACUCUGCUUUCGCACUUCAAGAUUCACUUGAAAAUGCAAAUUGAGGUUUUCUUUAAAGAAAUUUUUCUGAAUAUUUUGGAGACAUCCAGAAGUACCUUUGAGCAUAAGUGGAUGGUCAUUCAGACACUGACCAGAAUUUGUGCAGAUGCUCAAUGUGUAGUUGAUAUUUAUGUGAACUAUGAUUGCGAUUUAAAUGCUGCAAAUAUAUUUGAGCGCCUUGUAAAUGACUUGUCAAAAAUUGCUCAGGGGCGAAGUGGUCAAGAAUUGGGGAUGACACCUCUUCAGGAGCUGAGUCUUAGAAAGAAAGGAUUAGAGUGUUUGGUUUCCAUCCUGAAAUGCAAGGUUGAAUGGAGUAAAGAUUUGUAUAUAAAUCCAAAUCUGCAGUCCAAUCUUGGCCAGGAGAAGCCAUCUGAACAAGAUAACAGUGAAAGCAAGCGUGCAGAAGCAGCACGCAGACGAGGAAGUACAAAUUCCUUUGAUUCGACAGUAUCAUCUGGUGUUGGGAGUGUUGGUGCUCAGACAUCAGCAGCAGAUGAUCCUGAACAAUUUGAAGUCCUGAAGCAACAGAAGGAUAUUAUAGAACAAGGAAUAGAUUUAUUCAACAGGAAACCAAAGAGAGGUAUACAGUACUUGCAGGAACAAGGAAUGUUAGGCACAACAGCUGAAGACAUUGCACAGUUUCUUCAACAGGAAGAAAGAUUAGAUUCGAGCCAAGUGGGUGAAUUCUUAGGAGAAAAUAGCAAAUUCAACAAAGAGGUGAUGUAUGCUUACGUUGACCAGCUUGAUUUCUGCGAGAAGGAUUUUGUGUCAGCAUUACGAAUAUUCCUUGAAGGAUUUCGUCUGCCUGGUGAAGCACAGAAAAUUGAUCGACUCAUGGAAAAAUUUGCAGCUAGAUAUUUAGAGUGCAAUCAAGGACAGACAAUGUUUACGAGUGCUGAUACGGCGUAUGUUCUGGCCUACUCUAUAAUAAUGCUGACAACAGAUUUACACAGCCCUCAGAUAAAGAACAAAAUGACCAAAGAACAAUACAUUAAGAUGAAUCGUGGGAUCCAUGAUAGCAAAGAUCUGCCAGGAGAAUACUUGUCUUCCAUUUAUGAUGAGAUUGCAGGAAAGAAAAUCACACUGAAAGAGACAAAGGAAUUUUCAAUGACGCCAAAAUCCACAAAACCAAGUGUAGCUACUGAGAAACAGAGAAGGCUGCUGUAUAAUCUUGAGAUGGAGCAAAUGGCAAAAACUGCCAAGGUCUUGAUGGAAGCAGUAAGCCAUGCACAGGCACCAUUUACCAGUGCAACACAUCUUGAGCAUGUCAGACCAAUGUUUAAAUUGGCAUGGACACCAUUAUUAGCAGCUUUCAGUGUUGGAUUACAAGACUGUGAUGAUCCUGAUGUAGCUUUUCUUUGCUUGGAAGGAAUCCGCUGUGCAAUUAGAAUAGCCUGUAUUUUUGGGAUGCAGAUUGAGAGGGAUGCCUAUGUUCAAGCCCUGGCCCGUUUUACGUUGUUGACGGCAAGCUCCGGCAUCACAGAAAUGAAGCAAAAAAAUAUAGAUACUAUUAAGACACUUAUUACUGUGGCCCACACUGAUGGUAACUACCUUGGAAAUUCCUGGCAUGAGAUCCUGAAGUGCAUUAGUCAGCUGGAGCUGGCACAGUUAAUAGGUACAGGAGUAAAGACAAAAUAUAUUUCUGGUUCUAUGCGUGCUAAAGAUGGGUUCACUGGAAAUUCUGGAACUGGAGGAGAAGAAUUCUUAGGACUGAGUACCUUUAGCACUGCAGAUAAAAAGCAGAUAGCCAGUAUUCAGGAAUCUGUGGGAGAGACCAGCUCACAGAGCGUCGUAGUUGCUGUGGAUCGGAUAUUCACUGGAUCAACAAGAUUGGAUGGAAAUGCUAUCGUUGAUUUUGUGCAUUGGCUCUGCGUUGUUUCUAUGGAUGAACUAGGUUCACCCCACAAUCCAAGAAUGUUCAGCCUUCAAAAAAUUGUUGAAAUUUCAUACUAUAAUAUGGGUCGCAUCAGGCUUCAGUGGUCAAGAAUUUGGGAAGUGAUUGGAAACCAUUUUAAUAAGGUUGGAUGCAAUCCAAAUGAGGAUGUUGCUAUUUUUGCUGUUGACUCUCUGCGGCAGCUGUCAAUGAAAUUUUUGGAAAAAGGAGAGUUGGCAAAUUUUAGGUUCCAGAAGGACUUUUUGAGACCUUUUGAACAUAUUAUGAAGAGGAACAGGUCACCGACGAUAAAGGACAUGGUCAUUCGGUGUAUUGCACAGAUGGUAAAUUCACAGACUUCAAACAUCCGUUCAGGAUGGAAGAACAUUUUCUCGGUAUUCCACCAAGCUGCUUCAGACCAUGAGGAACCAAUUGUGGAGCUGGCUUUUCAAACUACUGGGCACAUUAUCCUGGAUAUCUUUAAGAAGCACUUUCCAGCAGCAAUUGAUUCAUUCCAGGAUGCAGUGAAAUGUUUAUCCGAGUUUGCUUGCAAUGCUGCUUUUCCUGACACCAGUAUGGAGGCUAUACGACUUAUUCGCCAAUGUGCAAAAUACGUGUCUGAGCGACCACAGGUGCUGAAGGAGUACACAAGUGAUGACAUGAAUGUAGUGCCUGGAGAUAGAGUAUGGGUACGAGGGUGGUUUCCAAUUUUGUUUGAGCUUUCUUGUAUUAUAAAUCGUUGCAAAUUGGAUAUUCGCACAAGAGGGCUCACAGUGAUGUUUGAAAUAAUAAAAACCUAUGGUCAAACGUUUGAGAAACAUUGGUGGCAAGAUCUGUUUAGGAUUAUCUUUCGUAUAUUUGAUAACAUGAAGCUUCCUGAACAGCAAACUGAGAAAUCUGAAUGGAUGACAACAACAUGCAACCACGCACUUUAUGCAAUUUGUGAUGUUUUUACUCAAUUCUAUGAAAUCUUGAAUCAAAUACUAUUGGAUGAUUUAAUUGCUCAGUUACACUGGUGUGUGCAGCAAGACAAUGAACAACUGGCCCGAUCGGGGACAAAUUGUUUAGAAAAUGUAGUGAUACUAAAUGGUCAAAAAUUCAGUCCCUCAGUCUGGGAUAAAACAUGUGACUGCAUGCUGAACAUAUUCAAGACCACUAUUCCCCAUGCCCUUUUAGCAUGGCGGCCUACAGGCAUGGAAGAAGAUUCUUCAGAAAAGGGUUCAGACCUGGAAGCUGACAGGCAAUCAAUCUGCAGCAUAGAGCGCAAUGCUUCAGAGAAAGGUCAGAGCCAAUUCAGCCAAAUAUCUAGUGAUGAAACUUGGAAAUAUAAACAGAAUGCAAAAAUAUCUGAUCAGAAACUCUUUGCUGCACUCCUCAUCAAAUGUGUUGUGCAGCUAGAAUUAAUCCAAACAAUAGACAACAUUGUCUUCUUUCCAGCAACAAGCAGAAAGGAGGAUGCUGAAACUAUGGCAGCUGUACAGAGGGAUUCUAUCAUUGCUGAGGUUCAUAUUGAGACUGAAGACCAAGGAAUGUAUCAAUACAUGUCUUCACAACAGAUUUUCAAACUUUUGGAUUGUCUAUUGGAGUCGCAUUCAUUUGCCAAAGCUUUUAACUCAAAUAAUGAACAAAGGACAACGCUUUGGAGAGCAGGAUUUAAAGGCAAAUCCAAACCUAAUCUUUUAAAGCAGGAAACCAGUAGCCUUGCUUGCUGCCUUCGCAUACUAUUCCGCAUGUACACAGAUGAAAAUCGACGGGAUUCUUGGGAUAAUAUACAGAAACGACUAUUGAAUGUUUGUUGUGAAGCUCUAGCUUAUUUCAUAACAUUAACCUCUGAAAGUCAUCGUGAAGCUUGGACAAAUUUAUUGCUGCUUUUCCUCACAAAGACUCUCAAAACUAGUGAUGAAAAGUUUAAGAUCCACGCAUCUGCAUACUAUCCUUUUUUGUGUGAAAUUGUACAGUUUGACCUAAUCCCUGAACUGCGUGUAGUUUUGCGCAAGUUCUUUCUCCGUAUUGGCAUUGUAUUCCAAAUCUGUCAUCCAGAGGAACAGCCGAAAGAAAAUACUACGUAACGACAAGUCAGCAUGCAUUUCCAUUUUCUGCCUGUGAAUGGGACCCCUGGUAGUUGAAGAAAAUGUCAUUUUGGAGUUUAUUUUCAGCUUGAUUUAAAAGGAUUCCCAAAGUAAUUAUGUGAUUUCCUGUAUUUUAAAUGGUAUUUUGAGGCAAUUAUUACUCCAUGUAAUCGACAGUUUGGAAUUUUUAUUUUUGUUUGUCUUGAAGGAAUGUCUGCAUUGUUUCCUUCCUUGUGUAUUUAGUAUCUGUAAAAUACCCAGCGAAACCAUUUCAGGGACUUUAAAUUGUUAUAUAUAUAAAGAAACACUACUGUCUUAAACAGUAAAUAUUUGAGGUAAAUGUAUAGUUAGCAAACUGUGCAGUGUAAACUGCAGUCAUUAACUUAAGUUGGCUUGUCACACUUUCAAUGCUGUUAUAUUGGUAACAAAUAUGUUAUUUGAAUUGCAGUUGUGAAAUAAUGAUAACUCAUUGGUAUGAACUACUCAUUAUGGGAAUGAUGGUAAAUGAUAAAAGCAAAUACUUUGAUGCAUCUGAUGAGGAAAAAAUGUUAGGUUUUGUUUCAUUACUUGCUGUAAGUAAAAGCAGUUCAAUUUUGUGUUGGAUGGAUAUGAGUAAUCUGAAUGUUUUGAUUUUUUGUUCCUUGCAGAAUUGCAGUGGAGUUUGCACACUCAAUUUUCCCUCCAAAUUCUAAUCACAAUCAUCAUUGACAAUAAGAUGAGCACAAUUAUAAACUUGCAAUAAAGAAAAAUCAAAUUAAGCUGAAUUUCAAAGCUAUUUUACAACAGGCAAAACUAUCUUUUAAUGUAAAAAUGCAGGUUAUAUGAAAAAAAAAUGAAAUGAAUUGACUACCUUGAUGUCCUUUAUUGUGAUAAAAUCUCAAUUAUGGUGUAUGGCCAGAAAUUUCUCGCUCUUUAAAUUUUUUUUUAGCUAAGGAUCCUUGAACUUUGCAAGACUCAAGGCCAAAUCCAUUACAAUAUGAAUGUAGGGUUAUCUGUUAAAUCUGAAGAUUUGUUAACAAUGCAGUUACAAUAGAAUGUUUUAAAACAGCAUUUUAAAGUCAAUGCUUAUUUCUGUUGGGGAAAAUGAGCAUUUUAAAUGAAUUAAACAGUUUAUGUUUAGGCUCUAAUGCCCUAUGAGUGUAUUUUAUGCAUAGGGUUUAUUACCUAACUUUGCACGAAGAUAUUAAUGAGCAGUUUGGUAUUAACUAGUAUGUAGUAAUAUCUGGCAGAAUUUUGUCCAGUGACACUAAUUAUGGAAUUUCUUUCGGUUUGUUUGUUAACCUUCUCGGAUUUCAUGACAUGCAUGUAUAUUUAUUUAACUCCAUUGAAUAACUUAAAAUCAACCAAUGAAGAACAGAGAGUUGCUUUGACAUGGCUGUCAAUAGGAUAUUUGUGCCAUUCAAACACUGAAAUCUUGGUCUUGCACAGCCAGUUACAAAUCCAAUAUUAAUUUGCAGCAGUUAGAAUUCCUGUAGAUUUACAUUGGGUUAGCCAGUAACUUGAGACCAGUGUUUCCAUGUACUGACAAAUGCUCCAUUGAUGCCACCUGAAAUAUAAACACUAAUUCCUUUCAAAAAAACAUGAUAAUCCACACAUGUUGCAACUCAUCUGUUUGUGAAUUAUGCAUGACAUAAAAUGCCUAGUGCAAAUGGGGUGCAAGUAUCAUACACCAGAUACAGCUUGAUUAGAAAAGACUGGUAAGGAGAACAUGAGUAAAAUAGCAUAUCAUUUACAAUGUUGACAUGAAAUUUCUAAGUGAUAGCUGUGGAAGUGUAAUGUACUGCCAAGCCCAACACUGGUUAUCUGUUAGAGGCAGCAACGGGACAUGUCUAGUUGUUGGCCCUUUGGGUAUCAGAUGGUUCAAAGACAUUGCUUGAGGCUUUAAACAAAAACAACGUGGGUUAAUGUCAUGGGAUAAUUAACUGAAAUGAUUAAAAUGUUAUCUAGUUAACUUGCAAAAUUAUUGAAAAUAUACUUAUUUCCUUGAAGGUGGAGAGGUAAUACAUGAUGUAUUAUGAAGUCUUUUUUGACUUGGGUUUCUGAAAAUGUUGGUGCGUUUGGGUGACCUGGGGCAAAAAUCAUAAGCUUUCUCUGUUUUUUCCUUCUAAAAAUGUUAUUUCGUGCUGGAGAACAAUUCCACAUGUCCAGUUUGUAGGUUGACAUAAUGGUUAUUAUAAAUGUCCUGUUAGAUCAUGUGACUUUGGCAAACGCUAUAAUGAAGCUCUGUUUUAGACAACCAAUCCCCAGCUGAGGAGAAACUCCACUAACGUUGAGAGGAUUUAAUCUGGUUUCUACUCUGUCUUUAUCGCUAGUUCUGUGCUGGACAUUGUGAUUAGCACUCAAUUUUUCUAGCUGCUUUAUUGCAUUAGCAAUAAGUUGGGAGUGAUGACAAAGCCGGAGUGUGAUUAUGGAAGGAGGAAAGAGUGAUUAGUUUGACUCGAUUCAGAGCAGUUCUUAACUAGCCUUUAGACCUUGUGCUAAGAUUUUAAAUUGUGCAGUUACUCCAAACGUGUAUUUAAAUUUCACACAGUGAGGUUGAUGGAGGGAGUAUGUAUUGUUAGGACAGUACUUCUGUUGACAAUGUGUGCUUUGGGAUGGUGACAUCACAAAAUGAGCAUUGUAAGGUAAUAAAGUCAUUGCCUGCUAUCAAGCAGGCUAUGAUUAAAAUAUCUUGAAUGGACAUGAAAUAGCUAUUUUAAUUCCUUGACUAAAUACUUCAUUUGGAAGGUAUAAUGAGGUUGAUUCUCGCAUCUCUAUAGAUUCUACGUAGCUCUUUUUACAAAUAUUGUCAAAAUAGUGCUUUAAAUUUCAAAACAAAGCAAGAACAUUGUAUUUGGAGUCAUAACUCUGUAGUAUACAUUGUUUAACAACAUUCAGUGCAAGGAGUAAAGUUUUUAAUGAGCUGCAAUGUUGGUUCUUCCCUGAUUCUACCAUUUGGGCUUGAUUGUGUUUCAAUGGUGAGGGUAGCGAUAUGUUCAGUAAUGUUUCAAUGCAUAAUUUAUUUUGUUUUAUUUUCAUUUCUGAAUCUAAAGAGACAGUAGCACAGCAAAUUUAUGUACAUUUGUGACAAGAGUUUAUUGAUUAGUUCUAACUAUAAUUGCAAUGGAAAAUCCUUGACCACACAGAUGCAUACAGCAGUUUAUUGGAAGAUUAUUUAUUGGUUUUUAAGUGUAUGUUCAAAGAUAAAAUGACUAAUUUCCAGCCUAAGUCUCCAAGCCUUGUUUCGUAUCCACUUUUCUUUAUUUAAGAACAGCUUCUUGGUUUGUGCCAUACUUAGAAACUGUUCUUCCUUCGACUGCUGCAGACUGCAUAGUUGCAAUUUUCAAUAUCAGUAACAUUAUUGUUUUCAGUGUGAACUAUUACUUCCACAGAAAAUGGUUUGUAUUAAUGCAGCCUGGUGGCCACAGUGUGUACUGAUUUGUCUCAUCAGCUUUUCUUUAUCAUUAUAUCAAUUCACAUAAAUUGUUUGCUGUUCUUGAUUUUAUGUUGUACAACAUUGAGACCUAUCACAGCCAAUGGGUAGUGGAAUGAUAGCUUCAUUUUAUGUGGCUUCUGAGGCAAGUGAUAAUGCUGUUGAAGGUGCAACACACCUUCAGCAAAUGUACCAUGCUACCUUAACUAAUAGACAAAAUCCAUUGCAGCACUCUUUGGUUACCUUAAAAUAACCUAACUUUACUUUUAUGGACUGGUCCUGUUUUCUCCUUGUGCUAUCACAGCAUCCAAUAGCAAAUAACACAUUGGCUGAGUUUUCUUGUACUUUGUUUUGGAGUUCAAAUUUUCUAUGCAACAAAAAGUGGGUCAAAGGUGAUUAAUAAAUGGCAGUUAGCUUAAUGCAUUUUAACUCUCUAAUUUUUGCCAUGGUUGCCUUGGGUAUCCUUGUCAGCCAAUACAAUUCUUUAUCUUACUAGUUUCUUAAAUACACUGUAGUUAUUGUUUGUUGGUGGUCCCAAAGGCAUUAAUGCAAACAGUGAUAUCUGGCCAGAGUAGUUAGUCUUCGCAUGCGAUUUUAAAUGAUGGUAACGGGGAGAUAUUCUAAUUCUCAUUCAAUAUACCUAGAUUUUCCACUGGGAUCACUGGAUGGUGAUCCUCAGCAGGAACUAUAAUUUCCUUUGCCAGCAUUUCUAAACUUGUUUCUGAAAAUAGAACAUUGACUUAGUACCAAGCUAAAUUAUGUCUUUUCAUAAGGGAAGACAAAUCUCAGGUUAUUUUAUUGGGAAUUAUCUAUUGGAAAAAAAAAGCUCGCAGAUUCCCUUUGUUUGGCAUCCCAUUGUUAAUUUAAAAUGUUGGCUUAUUUAUCUGAGAUUUAUAAUUACUGUCAUGAUAUGUUCAAACAAAAUAAUUUUAAUUAGUUUUUUCUAAUCUUUGAAAAUAUGAAAAUAAUGUUCAGCCUUUUGCAACAGGAAUUCAGUUAAUAUAGACUACAUAUCAAAUUAGACAAUCAAACCAAAUCGUGAAAUUUGAACUAAUAUUACUGUAUCCAAUCAUAGCUCCAUUUCAAUGUAAUAAUUGGAAUGUUUAUAUGCUGAAUGUUAUGUUUACAUGUUUAAUUUCUACAAUAUGAAGAAAAAGUUAAUUAUUCAUAGAUUUUAUGAAUGAGAUAUAUAGUACUGUGAAGUGCAUUGAAGAAAACUCAUAAUUUAAGAGCAUUCCUGCCACUGUGGAUGUAUAAUAUUUCGGAAGAACAGAUUAAAUAUAAUAUGAAAUAACUAUGUAAAGUUUUCUAUGUCUAUUCUGUACAAUACAACUGAUUAUCCUAUUCCAAUCAGUUAAUAAAUCAGUGAGG